CUCAUUUUGGCAAGAGGUUGUUUGUUUUGAUACAUCAAACAGCCGGGUCAUAAACAACUUGUAAUCCAAGCGAGAAAUACGCGCUAAAUUUACACACAUUUUACAUUGGAAAAACUAUAGAAAUGGAGACUGAACUUCCUCAUACACGAAUUCGGGCCAUAAUGAAAAGUUCUGUGGACACUGGCCAAGUAACUAAUGAAGUACUCUUCUUAAUGACAAAAUCAACGGAAAUGUUUCUUAAACAUUUUGCCAAGGAAUCUUACCAGCACGCCAAAAAACCCAACAACUUAACAUACAAUCAUCUAGCAGAUUUGGUACAGGAAAACGAUAAUUUGGCUUUUCUGCUGCAAAUAAUACCACAGAAAAUUAAAGUCAAAGAAUUUAAAGCUCUUUUGGAGCAGGGUGAUGAAAGCAGUGAAUCGUCUUCGGACAGUGAGUAGUAAGAGAGCAACUCAGAGCAACCGAAAAUUGCAAAUGCAGUUCUUUUAGAAAUACGUCCCGAUACACGAAAUUCAGUUAGAGAGACGUAAACGUAUUUGUUUUCGUUAUAAUAUUUAAAUGUAUAUUUGCUAUCUAAGUUUUUAUGUUGUCAAGGAUAAAUAUAUUAAUGAGUUUUGUAA